UUCGCCGGUUGUCUUCUGUCAAUAUGGCCGACGAUAGCAGCUCUUUGUUUUGUGAUGACGAUGAAACAUGCGUGAAAAAUGUCAGUGAAUCUGAAGAUGACGGCGAAACUUAUGUUUCAGCACCAAUAGACAAGCUUGGACCUGUUGGAAGAUGGCUUCGACAUCGUCUUCUCAGCUCUAUACUGAUUGGAACCCCGCCUCUGGUUGCUCUUCAGCGAAGACGUACCCCGCUAUGGACAAAGAUAAUGAAGAUAAACAGCUUUUUUGGCACAGAAGACUUUUAUAUAAUCAUGGGUGUUUUUAUACUUUGGAUUGUUGAUGCCAAACUUGGGAGAUUGUUAUGCCUGCUGAUGGGUGUCGGGUUUUACACUGCUGGAUUCCUUAAGGACAUCCUUUGCCUUCCUCGGCCAUCGAACCCACCAAUAGUUUCCCUGGAGAAUGCUUCCCAAACUUGGGGUCUUCCUAGUCACCAUGCAGUUUUGGGUGUACUUAUUCCCUGGUAUAUUUGGUUUUACUCUUACAUACACUUUUCUAUGCCUCAGUGGGGAUUUACAGUGCUCUUUGUAUUUAUUGUAACUUGGUCCGUCUCAGUGAUGUUUAGUCGGCUGUAUUUGGGUGUCCACAGUCCGGCAGAUAUCGUCGUUGGGGGAAUUGUGGGAUGUUUUAUUCUGGCUUACUGGAUAAAGAUUGACUCCAUCUUGGAUAGAUACAUCAGCUUUGGGGAUAAUGUUGUUCUUCAAGCCAUUGUUUAUUCCUUGUUAUUGCUGUUUGUUCACCCUCGCCCAGAGCCCCGCACAAAGUCGCUGGUUGAAACAGUUUCAAUGAUCGCUGUCACAGUUGGUUUUGUAAUCGGCAAAGCCACAUCCCCAAGACAGUCGCCAAUUUACAAAGCAGUCCUGGACCUUGAUACGGAUGACGUUUCCUAUUUCACCUUGAUUUGGGUUUCUACUCUGCGUCUGUUACUUGGGUAUGCACUCGUGUUGCUCACCAGGCUGCUCUGUAAAAUUGUGUUCAGAAGUUUGUUGAAAAACCUUUUCCGAGUGAUGGACCUGGAGUGCUUUGAGAUCAAGAAGGUUAAUUACGACUCAAGUACCAGAUUGUACAGUCCUUCCUUCAAACUCCCUCCGGUGUUUUACAAGGGAAAGAAACGAAGCAAGAAGUCACAGCCUGAUUCUGAAGAUGGUAACCCAAAGUGGAACAUGGAAUAUGUUGUCAACUAUGUGACAUAUCUGUGUGUUGGAUGGGUGGCGAUAAGUGGUGUUCCACUUCUGUGUCACAGUGUUGGGCUGGUAUUGUAGGGCAGCGUAGUACCAAUAUUGGCACUUUAACCACUAACAAUAUAGUGCUGUUUAUAGCAAUGCACUCGCGCCAAUGUACUUGUAGUCACCAAGCAGCAUUCUCCUGAGAUGCUGAAAUCCAAUGUAUGGGUGAUUUUCAUCAAUUAUUGUGUAGUAUUCAAAGGUAAUGUCAGUUAACCAACAUGUAUGAGUUUAAAGUGUAAGUAGUUUGUUUGGGGCCAUACCUUAGUAGGAUUUCAGCCUUAGCAAGGUGAGCCAGCUUGUUCCCUUAAUAACAAUAUAUAUAACCAUGGCUCUAUCACACCAUAAGUGUAGUUCUAGUGGUUGUAGGGAUAUUUGAAACGUGCAGACAAGAUAUUUUAAUUGACUUAAAUAUUGCAAUAGACUAAAAUUCAAGAGUCUUGCAUUCCUUUCACUCCUUGCUUCUAAGUUAAGAGAAAAGAAGAUCUGCGGAAAUUUUGCACAAUCAUUUUCCAUUCAGGUCUGCUGACGGACCGUUGUGCAACAAUGUUGUCAUGUGCAUUGAUCCAAAGCGGCAAAUUUAGGCCAAAACUUGAAGAUCUUGUGGAAAGCGAGUGCAUGAAUUAAAUUGUCAACAAUACAGCUGUUCAGGUUCAAAGUAUUAAUACAAAUACGACAGCAUUCUUCGUAAGUACAAGUACAAACACUGAGUGAAGUCCAAAUUGACUCCUUGAUGACAGCUACAGAGAAACAGAAUAAUUUCUUCUGUCUUCUUUUCUCCAUUUAAGCAAACUCUGUUCUAACCCAGAGUUAAAACCAUGAAAGAGACAUCUCAUUGUUAAUGUUAAUUUGAAAUAAGUUAUUUUAAGUACCUUGAUUGGAGUUUUCGUUUAGAUUUACAUUUUAUUUUGCUAGUAACAUGUGCAGUAUACAUAGUAAAAAACACAUAUUUGUCAGUAAACAGUGGAUAAUAUGACCUCAAAUAAUUUAGACAUGGGCAGUGCAUUUAUGAAUUGAAGAUACGUGUACAUGGAAGAAAAAUAGCUGAAAACUAUUGAGAGAGAAUUAUAAAAGAUUUAAAACGCAAUCGUGUAUGCACCGGUAUGUUGGAAGAUUUCCCUGAUAGAAAUUUGUUAUUUGUAUACUCGGGUUUUCUGGGGCGUGUAGAAACGCAGAAAUACAAAAGUAACCUUACAUACAGUUGAAGGAGCUUAGUCACAGCAUUUUGGGUUAUUUAGGCCACGUACAAAAUUGUCAUUAAACUGAAGGAAACCUGAAAA